CUGAUUCAAUCAAAUCUGAUUCCGGUUUUUUGAAACAGUGUAGGUGACCCGCUUAAUAAAGGAACUUUUUCCAUAUGGAUCUCUUUCCUACUACUGGCCCCACCAAGAAUCAACCUGAGAUUGUACCCUUUUCAUUUCCUAUCAUACGUACUCUGCAGUCUGCAACUCUCUCUCUCUGCUUGCUUAUUUGUCCUAAAUUUCCUUUCAUUUGAUCAGUAGUUACUACUUCUUGUCCCGUUUGUCUCCCUGUGUCUGACCUCCAAUCUCGAAGAUGGGUAGCUUCGGUUGUGUCGCCACCCUCUUCGCCGCUCUCCUUCUUCUCAUUUCAUAUGCGCAGGCUUUUUAUCUUCCGGGUGUUGCUCCUCGCGAUUUCAACCAGGGUGAUCCCCUUCAAGUCAAAGUGAACAAGCUUUCAUCCAUAAAGACGCAACUUCCUUAUGAUUAUUAUUUCCUGAACUAUUGCAAGCCUUCCAAAAUUUUGAACAGUGAAGAAAAUUUAGGAGAGGUUCUUCGAGGUGACCGCAUUGAGAAUUCUGUCUAUACUUUUCAUAUGAGAAUGGAAGACUCAUGCAAGGUAGCCUGUCGAGUAAAGCUUGAUACUGAAUCUGCAAAGAAUUUUAAGGAGAAAAUCGAUGAUGAAUAUCGUGUGAACAUGAUUUUGGAUAACCUUCCUGUUGCAGUCCUUCGACAAAGGAGGGAUGGAAGUCAGUCAACAACAUAUGAACAUGGUUUUCUUGUUGGAUUCAAAGGAAACUAUGGUGAGAGCAAAACUGAGAAAUAUUUUAUCAAUAACCACCUGAGCUUCAGAGUCAUGUAUCAUGAAGAUCCUGCAACUGAUUCUGCCCGCAUUGUUGGGUUUGAGGUUGCUCCAAACAGCAUCAAUCACGAGUACAAGGCUUGGGAUGAUAAGAACCCUCAGUUGUUAACAUGCACAAAAAAUAUAGUUCAAGGUAGUACUGUCCCACAAGAGGUUGAAGCAGAUAAGGAGGUUGUAUACACAUUUGAUGUUUCUUUCAAGCCCAGUGAAAUCAAGUGGGCAUCUCGUUGGGAUACCUAUCUCCUUAUGAAUGAUGAUCAAAUCCAUUGGUUCUCUAUUAUAAAUUCUCUGAUGAUUGUCCUCUUCCUUUCUGGUAUGGUGGCAAUGAUAAUGAUGAGAACUCUGUAUAGAGAUAUUGCCAACUAUAACCAGUUGGAGACCCAGGACGAAACACAAGAGGAAACAGGGUGGAAGCUUGUCCAUGGAGAUGUUUUCAGGUCUCCCAUCAAUUCUGGUUUACUCUGUGUUCAUGUUGGGACAGGGGUCCAGAUCUUUGCGGUGACGCUUGUUACAAUUAUUUUUGCGUUACUGGGUUUCCUGUCACCUUCAAACCGAGGGGGACUCAUGACUGCCAUGGUUCUCUUGUGGGUUUUUAUGGGCUUAUUUGCAGGAUACUCGUCGGCCCGCUUGUAUAAGAUGUUCAAGGGCACAGAAUGGAAAAAGAAUACUUUAAAAACUGCAUUCAUAUUUCCUGGUAUACUUUUUGCAGUUUUCUUUGUGCUGAAUGCACUCAUAUGGGGAGAGCAGUCUUCAGGUGCAGUGCCCUUUGGUACCAUGUUCGCUCUUGUUUUCUUAUGGUUUGGAAUUUCGGUACCAUUGGUUUUUGCGGGUAGUUUUUUGGGUUCCAAAAGGCCAGCCAUUGAGGACCCAGUGAAGACAAACAAGAUCCCUCGACAGAUACCAGAGCAGGCGUGGUACAUGAAACCAGUCUUCUCUAUACUUAUUGGAGGCAUACUUCCCUUUGGAGCAGUCUUUAUUGAACUCUUUUUCAUCUUGACAUCGAUAUGGUUGAACCAGUUCUACUACAUCUUUGGCUUCCUAUUCAUCGUCUUUAUCAUACUAAUAAUUACUUGUGCUGAGAUAACAAUAGUGCUCUGCUACUUCCAGUUGUGUAGUGAGGAUUAUCAUUGGUGGUGGAGAGCCUAUUUGACUGCUGGAUCAUCUGCUCUCUAUCUUUUCCUCUACUCGGUGUUCUACUUCUUCACCAAGUUGGAGAUAUCAAAAUUGGUGCCAGGCAUAUUAUACUUUGCGUAUAUGUUGCUCGUCUCCUGUGUGUUCUUCGUCUUGACAGGGACAAUAGGCUUCUAUGCAUGCUUUUGGUUUGUUCGGAAGAUAUACUCGUCUGUGAAAAUCGACUGACACACUGAGGAAGUGGGCUCUAUGGAUGCAUUUGUAAGCUAUGAAAUGAGAAUUCUCAAAGGCGAGGCUUGGGAGAGGGAGGGGAAGAAUGUGCCCUUACCAGCUCGUGCAUAUAGUCUAUCUUCGACUGGAGAGCUUUCUUUUGAUCUCCCCAAACUGUCUUUUUGCAGAUGGUAGCUUAGGAUGUUUGCAGAACAGUUAUUUUCAUUAGCUUUUGUUCAAGAAGCUUACAAAGCCGUUCUCCUGGAAAUGAUUGGUUCUGUUGUUUAUCUUUAGGGUGGAUCCUAUCUGAACGUAAAUACACAACUUGUGAGUACUUUAUUUUUCCUAUUAUUGGCAUUUUAUCAGUUAAAUCACACCGACUGGAUUUGGCA